GGUGUAGCUUGCUGUCCGUCUGAUACAGAGGAGCAUCGGGCGCGUGAAGGAGACCAGCGCCACGUUGUUAGCAGUUUCAAGCAGUUUUUAUUUCGCCUUCAUUGCUGCAAUUGCUGAAUGGGCAUUUGACAUUGCCGCAUCUUUUCGUAAGCUACUCAAGCAUCAAAAUGAGUGUGGGCUUUAUUGGAGCGGGCCAGCUGGCUCACGCACUGGUGAAGGGAUUCACAGCUGCAGGUGUUAUUGCAGCACACAGAAUCACUGCUAGCUCCCCAGACAAUGACCUGACCACCGUGGCUGGCCUUCGGAAAAUGGGCGUGAACAUGACCACCAGCAACAAAGAGGCAGUGCAGAAGAGUGAUGUUCUCUUUUUGGCGGUGAAGCCACACAUCAUCCCAUUCGUGUUGGAUGAGAUCGGUCCAGACAUUGAGGACCGUCACCUGAUUGUGUCCUGUGCUGCCGGAGUAACCAUUGGCUCCAUUGAAAAGAAAUUGAUGCAGUACCGGACCAACCCAAAGGUGAUGCGCAUCAUGACCAACACUCCUGUGGUCGUGCGGGAGGGGGCCACGGUCUAUGCCACGGGCACCCACGCGGAGGUGGAGGACGGCAAGCUGCUGGAGCAGCUGAUGAGCAGCGUGGGCUUCUGCACUGAGGUGGAGGAGGACCUGAUCGACCCGGUCACUGGCCUCAGUGGGAGUGGACCAGCCUAUGCGUUCACUGCAGUGGAUGCUCUUGCUGAUGGUGGAGUCAAAAUGGGCUUGCCGAGGAGACUGGCAGUGCGAUUAGGAGCCCAGGCUUUGCUGGGUGCAGCCAGAAUGCUAUUAGACUCGGAGCAGCACCCUGGCCAGCUGAAGGACAACGUGUGCUCACCAGGGGGCGCCACCAUCCACGCGCUGCACGUGAUGGAGAGCGGUGGCUUCCGCAGUCUUCUCAUCAACGCCGUGGAGGCCUCCUGCAUCAGGACGAGGGAGCUUCAGUUCCUGGCCGAUCAGGAGAAGAUUUCGUCAGCUGCCAUUAAAAAGACGACCCUGGAUAAAGUGAUGCAGCAGCCCGGGGUGGAGGAGGGGGGCGCCGUGGGGGUCCGCACCGGGCUCAGCCUUUUCAACAACAGACACAAGAAGUGAGGACUGAGCUGAGGAGCCUUCGCUGUCAUCUUCCAGAGACGCAGCCUAUAGUACAUGAACUCUCACCGUGGAUUCCAGAAACCCCCCCCCCCCAACAGCGGUCAGCACUUACUAGACCUCUUCAGGGUGGUCUGCCGUCUCUUUUCUUUUUCUGCCCUGGCCUGUCCCGAAUACAAAUACCACAUUUGCACAGUGGGAUAAACGGUUAGAAGUUAUACAUGUAAGAGCUGAGGAUUCAUAGAUUUUGCCUUUAUUUUGAUAAUGGAGAACUGCAAACCUGAUGCAAAAAUAGCUCAAGGUUUACAUUUUUGUAAUGUUUUGAUAUGAACUUCAGUUUCAAUACAGAUAGACAGUCACCACCUUUUAUCAUUUCUCGAUAAAAGUAGUGCAUCAUGAAUUUGUAUCCAUUUCCUCCUGCUUUUUCUAAAUUUUGACAACACUAUCAAGUCCGUUGGUUUUGAUAGUGGUGCAUUUAGCUAGUAGUGUUUGCAUCACACUGUUUAAUCCACGUUUGAAGCUAGGCCUCCUCAGAAUUAGCCGGAAAAAAAAAGUUUCUUUUAAUGGAUCACACCGUGAGCAGAAGCCUGAAGAUGACUGGGACCCUGUCUGCCUGAGGACAGCUUGAGGGGGGGGGGGGAGGUAGAAUAUCAGGAGCAACAAUUAAAUAAAUCAGACAACACCUCUGUCGGCAAAACCCCUGAAGUGUGGAGCGCAGAUUAGCAGCGGAACGAUGAGGGAGAAACUGCACAGUGGCCUAAUUCCUGUUGAUGAAUCCGUCUAUAUCAAAGUCCCACCUGUUACACAUGGGCAGCACAAACACGCUGUAUGAAGUUGCGAUCAGUAAGCGCUGUAACUCAUUAGUUAUGUCAGUUCUUGUGAUUUACGAAGCGUGCAAACUGUAUUCGUUAUGAAACCAAUGGAGAUAUUUCUUACUGCUUUUUCAAUGGUCAUUAAUGUAAUAAGAUUUUGAGUAGCAGUUUUUCAUUUCGAGCUGUGACUCUCCUGAUGAAGCACUUUAAAGCUGGACUAUCUGUUCACGACUACAUGCUAACAACUGUCUCUUUAAUCUGUGUCAAAUCUCAGAUCUGUGUUUUGAAAUGUUCCAUUAUUUUCCUUUUUGUGAACUGUGGUCAUGUUGUAAUCUUUUGACAAAACACAGGAGGGCAUACUGUUCUUUCAACUGUAAUGAAAACGAAUACAAACAAUAUUGUGAUUUUUAAAUAAAUUCACUUAAAGGAAACCAAAAAAA